AUGAGUAUGAAAUCUAAACGAUCUCUAAUGAAGCUUCUCAGGCAACUCAUGCAACAGGGCAAUGACCAGGAGAACGAGGCUGAAUCAGAAGUAGCCCAGAAUAUGCAGUUCCAGGAGCUACUGAAGACCAAAUAUCGCAUUCCCAGUGAUUUGUUCGAUCCGCUACUCUCACUUUCCCUUUCUCUCAAGAGUAUGGAUACAACCGACUCUAUGGAUGCUAUUCCAAAUAUCAAAAGACACCUUUCUUCUAUCGGAGUAUUCGGGCCUGGUUUUGGCGCCGUUCUAGCUAAAUGGGGCGGCGGGGCUGAAUUUUCCCAAGCUGCUUGCCGUGCCUGUGCCGUUGGAGGUGGGAUAUACGCUCUUGGUAAGGAGAUCAAGAAGGUGGAUGAGAUAACCGAGGGAAGCGAAAGCGAAAAGCUACAUAUUUAUCUCACGGACGACGAGUCCGUAAAGAGUAGGUAUGUCGUUGGAUCUGGAUGGGAUCUCCCAGAACAGAUUCAAAGAGAAAGGGUACGUCCCUACUCCCGCCUUGCGCGAGCUAUCAUGGUUGUCAAUUCGCCAUUGGAGAUACUUUUUCCACAGACUUCUGAGAAUGGACCCGUCCCAGCUGGCGCUGUUAUUACUAUUCCAUCAAGAAAUUCUGAUCCUCCUACUUAUCUCUUGGUACACUCAAGUGAUACUGGAGAGUGCCCUACUAACCAAUGUAUAAUUUACGGUUACGUUCUACUACCCGCUGAAAGGGGCAAGGUGGUCCUUGAAAACGCGGUGGACAACUUUUUGAAGUCUGUGGACUCAAAAGCAACGGUAAUCUGGGGCGCUCAUUUCACUCAGCUAGGAUGUCUAGAACGUGAAAUGGCUGUAAAUGAGAAUAUAAAAGGUUCUCAUGACAACGUCUUCUCUUUUCCUGCCCCGGCACUUGACCUGGCCUUUGACGAUGCUUUGAUUGAUCAAGUUAAGCAGGUAUGGAAAACCAUAAUGGGUGACGAAGCCGAUGAAAAUAACUUCUUGAAAUUUGAUGAUCGAGAAGGUACGAUUGACGAAGAGGAAGCGAACGAGACUACGUAA